CGUUGCCAUGUCCUGUAUUUCGUCACAUCUUUUGUGUUACUGUACAACGCAUUCAACCAUCGAGCUUGUCCAGAGUUGUGUAUUUCGUAUGGAACAGGAUCGUCCGAACAUGACAUCCCGUGUUGGCCCCAGAACAGCCAGUACAAAUGGAAGUGACUUCAAACCCAGAGAAAAGGUGGCCCCACAUUACCAGAUGAGUGCUUCCCUGAAGUCAGAGGUUCGGAAGCUGAACUGGGUCCACCUUCUGAUCUGGUUGCUAGUGGCUGCACAAGUGAUUGUGAGCCACUUUGACCUGGUGUCACACGACACAGUAUCCAUACCGUACCAGUGGGAAUACCCCUACCUGCUCAGCCUCAUACCCCUUCUCUGCAGCAGCCUGUCACUCCCAAACAAUAACAUCAGCUACCUGGUUAUAUCCAUGAUCAGUGCAGGGCUUUUCUCUGUGGCGCCUCUCAUUUAUGGUGGCAUGGAGAUGUUUCCCGUAGCUCAGCAGCUCUAUCGCCAUGGAAAAGCUUACCGCUUCAUUUUUGGCUUCUCUGCUGUGACUGUUAUGUACCUCAUCAUGGUUGUUGCUGUUCAAGUGCAUGCAUGGCAAAUAUACUACAUGAAGAAACUUUUAGAUUCAUGGUUUGAUGCCACUCAGGAAAAGAAAAAGAAAUGAAUGUAUAAAAAGGAUUGCUUCUGGAAAAUGUAUGUUUAUGUUGUUAGUUUCAUUCAGUUGCAUUUAUUAGGUCAGAAAAAUCCCACCGCAUAACAUAUUUAAGAUCCUAGAACAGUAAUAAGUAGCAGGUUUGCUUGCAUCUUGUGUCUGCAGUAACCAAUGAAAUCUUUGCACCUUCUUCAGUAUUAAGCAGGCUUCUGCUUUUCUCUAAAAAGAUCUCAGGUUACAGUGAUUUCAUUUUGCUCAUGCUUACACAACAAAGACACAAGCUGUGUCAGUGUAUACAUUUUGCUCCUAAACUCCCAGUGUUUGUUCAUAUUAGGUGGUUUAUUUGGUCUCGUUUGAUUAUGUUAUGUAAAUUAUGAUUAUAUGUCUAUUUUUAGUGAGAAAAAAACUAUUAAAGAAGAAAUAAAAUCAUCACAACCUC